AUGUCUGAUUCUCAGCAACCACCCGUCCUGAAAGCAUCUGUCCACGAUCUGCGAUACUUCUCUACCCUGCUGCGAGGCGUCAACUUUGUCAAUCGUGCCACGGUCACAAUUACCCAGACGGGCUUCGUUGUUGUCGUUGAAGAGGCGCGAACAUUGCUCGCUACGGCGUAUAUAUUCUCCGAGAUUUUUGACGAAUACACAUACAACUCAGAUUCAACUGAGCAAACUGUGGCACACUCUCAAGGCUCUGACGGCGACGAAAGCCAGAAGCUUGAGGAGAAUGCUGCCUUCGAAAUAUCACUUAACACGCUGAUUGAAUGCCUCAAUAUCUUUGGAACGGCCGGAAACAACAGUACAGCCAAGCAGGGCCGCUUUACACAGUGGAAGCAAGAUGGGGGCUCGGAUGAUGAGGUCGAUGCUGACGAAGACGACAACGCGCGUGGAAAAGACAGAAGACGCUCGACUGCCAAAGGUAUUGACCAGUAUUUUGGUGGGUCAGGGAAGGGAACUGGCAUGCGGAUGAGCUACCCAGGAUCUGGCUAUCCCUUAACGCUUCUAAUAAUGGAAGACUCAGCGGGCCCAACUACAACCUGUGAACUAACAACAUACGAAGCCGAACCUCAUCUUGAGUUGCCUUUCGUGGCUGAACGCACGGUACUUAAAAUCAUUCUCAAGUCCUCCUGGCUCCGCGAUGCCCUUUCCGAGAUCGACUCUUCAUGCGAGAAACUCACCUUCAUCGGCAACCCACCACCAGAUACGGCUGUCAACGGGAGACAACGGGCACCCUUACGUACUUCGAUUGCGCCGCUACUGCGUAUUCAAGCGUCAGGAACCUUUGGCAGUACCGAGAUGGAAUAUCCCAACGACCGAGAGGUGUUGGAGUCCUUUGAAUGCAUUCAGCCUGUGCGCUUCAGUUACCGUGUGGCGCAUAUAAACCGAACACUUCGUGCCUUGCAGAGCUCCAGUAAAACCUCUCUCAGGAUAGACGAUGAAGGUCUGCUCAGCCUACAAUUUCUCAUGCCCGCGCCACGCAAACCGAACAAACCGGAUGGUAGCUCUGAUGGGUUCAUUGAGUUUCGAUGUUUGCCGCUGGACGAUGAAGUCCACUAG